AUGGCUUCUUAUUUCGGAAAUUCGAUACUCUUCCUCGCUGCGAUCCAAAGCGCGAUCGCAGCGGUGACUUUUACGGUCCCCAAGCAAGCACACACAGGGGGGUAUAGCUACGCGCCUCUAGACCCUGCACCAGUUGGUAUAUCUUUCGAGUUCUUUGCUUUUCCGUCUUAUUUUUCCAAUGUGAGCGCCACCAACCAGUGUCUUUCUAAUUGGAAAGACUUGACGGGAGUUUGGCCACCGAUACGCAUUGGAGGAACCACGCAGGACAGAGCCCAAUAUGACUCCCAAACCUCGGCCUACGUCGUGUAUAGUGUUUCCAAUCCAGCUGACGCGCCUGCAAGUUUGACAUUCGGCUCGAGCUUCUUGACUCUAGCAGGAUCCUACGCGGGAAGCGUGGUAGUGGGGUUAAAUAGGGGUAAAAACAAUAUCCAGAACACGAUUAAUGCAGCAAAGAUUGCAAUAUCUGAGGUGAAGAACUUGCUUGCCAUCGAACUGGGUAAUGAGCCAGAGUACUAUUCCAGGAAUGGCCAACCUAUUGCUUCUGGCGGCUGGUCUCCGGCUAUCGAUGCCGCCUCGCAGAAUAAUUGGGCAUUAUCAGUCGGGUCAGCCGUCCAGAAAUCGCCAAUCAUCCAAGCCGGCAACUCUAACGAUUCUCCCCCAACGUGGGGUGCGGCAGAAUUGAUCGCAACAGAAAACGCGACCGUCAAGAGCUAUGUUAAGACAUAUGCCCAUCACAACUAUCCGGGAGGGAGCGUGGACUCGCUCAUGAGCCAUAAAAGUAUCUCCAGCAAUUUGCACGUCUUCGACGCCGACGUGGCUGCCGCGUUGAAAGAGGGCAAACCAUAUGUUUUCGGCGAGACCAACUCAGUAUCCGGAGGAGGAGCUGCUGGGGUAUCGCCCACCUUCGGAGCAGCGCUAUGGACCAUGGAUUAUGUUCUCCGUGCCAGUUACAGUAAUAUAUCAAGGACGUACUUCCACCACGGAACUGUUGGCAAUUGCCAAUACUGCUUUUGGGGAAGAUAUAGCAUGGGGGCGCCUUACUAUGGUGCGUACGCGGCAACCGCGUUAUUGGCAAAGGCCUCUUAUCUCACAGCUCUUGACGACGGGUCCAGCAAUUACGCAGCAUAUGUGUCAUUCAGCUCCGACGGCACGCCUCUACGAGCGCUUCUAUACAACUCUGAUUACUUUAGUGGGAGCGGUAACCGUUCUAGCCAAUCAUUUAGCAUUAGCGGUCUAUCGGGAAGCUCGCUAAAGGUCAAAAGAUUAACGGCAGAGAGUGCCAUGUCCAGAGUGGAUCAAGGUGGUAAGGUCACUUACGGAGGACAGACGUUCACUGACGGCAGCUGCAAAGUUGCCGGGACUGAGAGCACCGAGGCUUUGUCUGUUUCCAAUGGGCAAGCAACCAUCACGUUACAAGCUAGCGAGGCCGUGUUAAUAUAUUUACAAUGA